AUGAAAGCUACUUUAAACAGUAAUCCUACUCAGCGAGAGCCAGCGGGAGGAUUCGAUAGCACUCCAUUUCCCCAUGCACCACCAGGCUACACCCUAAAAUUCACCUUUCACCGGGGCAUCAACCUUCCCUGCGCCGAUUUUGGAAGCUUCUCCUCUGAUCCAUACACAGUGGCGCAGCUGAAUGUCGACCUUCCCAAGCGACACAAACAAGAUACAAAUUUGACCUUCCGAACACCAACGGUGCGCAAAAAUCGGGAUCCAGUGUGGGAGAGUGACUGGAUAGUUGCGAACGUCCCCGCGUCAGGGUUUCAGCUUAAGUGCACUGUUUAUGAUGAGGAUGCAGCAGACCACGAUGACAAGUUAGGAAAUGCGUAUGUUGAAGUCAACUCGAUUACGGAUCGCUGGAAUGGUUUCAAGGAGCAGGCAUUCAAGGUCAAGAAACGUACGGGCAGCAAACGAGUCUAUUUAUUUGGAAACAUCGCCGCUCUUGCCUCCGGACGUCUGGACGUUGGGUCGCAUCUUGUCAUCACCGUGGAGUUGUUGGGGAAAACUCCCGGUAAUGAAGGGGGUCAAGUCUAUACUGUUGGGCCGAAUUACUGGUUCAAACAUUUUUCUCCACUUAUUGGACGAUUGGCGGGCACCAAAGACGAAGUACAAAGUUACAAUGGUAAAAAAACGACUACUCGGUACAAUUUCCAAGCGAUUCAAAUACAGCUUAAGGGCCCUGUGCCUGCGGAGCUCUAUCAUCGCUAUGUGGAGUUUAAACCGUUUGUGGCUGGAAUGUUCACUUCGCAAAGCCUUCGAGGUCGCAUCCUCAACCGAGCUCUACAUCAUCAGCAUCAGCGGAUCUAUAAUUUUGAUAGGUCAACCCUGAAUGGUCAAUUCGAGUCGCCGUGCAUUGAACUUACCCAAAAGUUUCUCGAUUUUGUCCACCAUGCUCAGGGCGGAAGGAUAUUCACAUACGUCCUCACUCUAGAUGGCCAGUUUCGUUUCACCGAAACAGGGAAAGAAUUUGGGAUCGAUUUGCUAAGCAAGCAUACGAUGCACAGCAAUGUAUCAAUAUACAUCGCUUACUCUGGCGAGUUUUUCCUCCGUCGGCGGAAGCAUCAUCGACGGCACUUGUCCCAAGUGUCUUAUCACACAGAUACCGAAAUACCGGUGGAUGAGUCUAUGGAGGACAAAGAGAUAUCAACUAACCCAACAGACUAUGAACUUUUUAUUGAUAAUGAUAGCGGUACCUACCGUCCGAAUGGUCAGAAGCUUCUUCUGUUGAAGAAAUUCAUAUCCGAAAAUUUUGUCGGUCUUCACGUCACCACACUGGACUGCACAGAAGAUGCGACACGAAUGGAAGAAUUAAAGAAUGAGCAAAGGGAGUUCAAGAACAAGGAGAACGGUCAGAUGGCCUUCCUCCAACGAAGCAGCACCUCAUCACUUUCCAUAUCAAGCUCAGACGAGGAAGAACUUGAUGAACGCAGUGGCGUCAUAUCAAAGAAGCGAGGCGAGUUUGCCCAAAAGGUGCACGACAUGCGCGAUGUCAAAGGGCAGGUUAUGAAGUGGGCGCAGGCGGAGCACAAAGGUACAGGGGAUCCGACACACAGCGCGGGGUUAGAAAAGGUUUCUAGCACCGAUAGAUCUCCAUCAAAAAUUACCCAAGGAAGCACUGCUGUUGACAGCCAAUUGGCCAGCAAUUCCAAUGGACUGUGA